GUGUGUUGGACGAAGAGGCGUUAUGUCUACUCGCCGUUUGUUGCACUCUGUUAAAUGCAAUUAUACAACCUACUGGGAUAGUCCUACACGAACAUGCGUGUCGUGUCCUAUAGAACCAGGAUACCAAGUCACACCUAACUGUGGAAAAGAUGACGACGGAUCAAUACACGAAGUCGGCAACACGCUGUGCAAAGAAAACACUUUUAAUGAUGGAAGCAGCGCAUUUUGUCGACGCUGUGCUUCAUGUCGACCCGGGUUUAGAUCGAGUCCGUGCACGUCAACUACUGACAUCCAGUGCGAAGAUCCAGGAAGCGGAACGAACAGAGUUCCUGUCACAGUACCAACAUCGAAGCAUGUUUCAACUUUUCUCAGCAUUAGACCAACGACUCAGAUAAACGAAGGGGGUACUUUCCCACCCAGUCCUGGCGCACCGAUGUGGGCCGUACCGUUAGUCAUCCUAAUUUCCAUCACACUUGUUGUGAUCUGCGCUUGUCUUAUCUUCAGGAAGCGGAAAAGAGGAAAGCAGACAGUGAUGAGUUACAGCAGAAGAUCUUCCUUCAUCAAUGCAGGGUUCGCCCCCCUGUCUGCUCCAACUGGUAACAAUGAUCAGAAGGGCCUCCUCAGUCCCAACAUCCGGUCAGCACCUUUACAGACCGUGCUGGACAACCUGGAUGUUUUGGAAGAGCUGGUGAUAUUGCUGGAUCCAGAGAGCCAUGGAGUUAAAACCACCAAACAUCUGGCGUCUCACUGCUCCUUCCCAGCCACCUGGAUCACCUACACCUACUCCAUGAAGGAGAGCAAGAGCCCGCUGAAAGCCGUGUUGGAGGGGGUCACCUGCAGGCACCCCGACUGGACAGUGGGGCACCUGGCUAAGCUGCUUGGACAUAUGAAGCGCUACGAUGCCAUCGCUGUUCUCGCCAAACUUGAACUGAACGUGAUCGAGAUGUAACAUUCCUUCCAACAUAGUACUAGGAGCAGUGGGCAGCUGUUGUAAUUGUAUUGAGCAAUUGGGAGUGUCCGGUGCCUUGCUCAAGGGCACCACGGCAGGGCCCAGGGGGUGAACUGGGAACUCUCCAAGUACCAGUCUACACUCCAUAUUUUAAGUCUUUAUGGGGACUUGAACCAGCGACCCCACAGCUCAGUCUAAGCCGGACAGUUAUGACUCCAGAGUUUGGGCUUUCUGCGAUCAUUACUGAAAAAACUCCAACAUGUAAUCCAAUCUGAGGUUGGUCUGAGUAAGCAUUAUUUUUUUUAGUAAGCAUACUCAGACCAACCUACCCUGUUAUAUCUUUAUUUUUUCAAUAUUAACAUUUUUUUUUGGGGUACAAAAUAUGAAUUUAUUUUCAAAAUACCAACAUUUCUUCUUGUAAAAGUAAGACUUAAUUCACGAAACGUCAGACUCUUUGUUUUUUAUUCUAACAGUGGCCUUUAUACAUUCUGAAAACAGUAUAUUGCUUUUCAUCAUUCUUUUUUCUACUUUAACCUUUUCAAAUAAAAAAAUAGAAAUGUAUUCAAACAUCUUAACAUCUUUAUUAAGCAAAUAACAUUAUAAAUAAAAAAGUGCAUAGAAAAAUUAAACAGGUUUAGAAAUAUGUAUACAAAUAUUUACAAACCCAGGGUUUAUUUGUACAUGGUAACAAAGACGUACAUUUAAAGAUCACAUAUUUUCUUAUUUUUUUAUGUCUUUUACACUUACUUUAAAAUAACCCUACUAUAUAUAUAUAUAUCUAUAUAUAUUUUUAUAUAUGUGUGUAUAUAUAACAUACAGCUUUCUUAACAGAUUCUGGGAGAGAUGGUCAUGAUAACUUCAGGUUUUGACUAGUGCUUCCAUCCUUCAUUGCAAACUCACACACACAGUGACAAACAUAGGCACCUACAGACACACACACUUCACACUGACUCACCAGCUCUGCCAGACAUUAAAACCAUGACUCUUUAAAUUACCAUCCUCUCUUUUUGCAUCAGUAUUCCCAAACAUCUGUCUAAACAGCUGAGGUAGAAUCCUUGCAAGGAGUUGGGAGUGACUCUGCUCUUGUUGUCAGCUAGGUGAUUGACACAAGGUAAUCUGGGCUCCAUCCCAGUGAUUGGACAUGCAAGAAGGAAAGGGGAUUAAGAUCAAGACAAAACAUAAUUAGGGGAAAAUAAGAUGAUCAUUGGCAUGGGGAGGGAAACAGUGCUCACUUUACUCCUGUGGAUGAUUCUAAGACCGUCAGUAAUUUACCGUAAGAAAAAAAAAUAAAAAUAUAAAUGAUUCUUUAAAAAUACCUGCUUAAUAGAACAACUUCUGUCAAUAAAGGCUUGAAUGUAUGACACAACUGCCCCAAAUGAAAAUUCAAGUAAAUUAGUAAAAGGACAUCAGUUGUAAACAAACAAGAGAUAGGGGAAGAUCUCCUCAUGCACUAGGCCGCCACCAUUUAUACAAAGCACAACCUUUUACCAUUAAAAAAAGAAAUCAGAACAUGAAUAAAUAUCACUACCAAUUAGAACAGUGUGUGAAUUACAAAAGCCUCAUCAAUGACGGCACUGAACACCGGCUAAAAACAACAUUGAACAUUAUUUUAAGGUGCCGAGCACACUCUCAACUCCGUCUCAGACUCAGUGUUUUCUGGAUGGAGCAGGAGCCGAACACACACUCAGUGGCGAUGCAAAGAGAUCAACUGGCAGGUUUUCAAAGACGAAGAUAAUUUGUAUGUUUGAUGGUUAUUUAUGUGCAACUGUAGGGCAGCACAUCUUAUUGCAAUAAGUAAUGAGCAUCUGCCAUGAGACACAUUAAAUAUUAAAAAAACUAUUAUUCACCACAACUCUUAACUUUUGGCUUGGGUAGUGCUUGCUACAUACACUGUACAGCGGAAGAAAAAACACGCCUUGAAGACAUGUCUCAGCCUUUAUAAAUAUGACACCGAGUGAAACCGAUACCAUUAUCUAUUUUGAAAUCUACACAGGAAGAGAGUAGGUGACGCGUGGCACACCAAUGAUCCGAAGUGUGAAACUUAGACUAAACUCUAAUGAUAAGAGUGCUGCUUGAGUGCAUCAAUUUAGGAUAAAUGGUGAAUAAACAGCUAAACAAUUCCUGAUUUGCAGGACAUCUUCGUCCAACUAGAGACAUAAAAGACCCAUCAAAACUUAGCACCAUGGUUGUUUUGUUAUUCACUGGAAAACAAAAAGAGUCUUAAAAGAAAAGAAGUCAUUAACAACGUGAGAAGUGUUAAAUGCAAGAUAAAACACACAAAGGAUUGAGUGACUGUAUGGCUCAAAACUGACUUCACCACUGCACGGAUGAAGCUAUAAUGUUACCAUCACUGGAGGAUGGAGCAAUUGUGAUUACAAGUGUACUAUAGACAGACAUAAACCCCCCCCCCC